UCUUUUAUAAUUUUCCUAGUAAAAAUAAUAAUGCCGAAAAUACCAAUAAUAUACCUUGAAAAUAUAAAUGAAUAUGUCCUAAACCAAGGACAUGGUGUUAAGGGUUUAGCUGAUAUGGGCAUUAAGUCUUUGCCUAGACAAUAUAUUCAUCCACAAGAAGAGAGAUUCAAUACUAUAAGCGACGAUGGUGGUGAAGAUCGUUCGAUCCCCAUCAUCGACAUGUCGAACGAUGAUGAUCAUGCAAUGGAAACCCUAAUUUGUAAUGCUGCAGAAAAAUGGGGAUUUUUCCAACUUAUUAAUCACGGGGUGCCUCUUAAAGUGUUAGAGGAUGUUAAGGCUGCGACAUAUCGUUUUUUCGAAUUGUCUGCUCAAGAGAAGAGUAUGUAUUUGAAGGAGAACUCUCCCUCAAGUUGUGUGAGAUAUGGCACUAGCUUUGUGCCUGAAGCUGAGAUGGCCUUGGAAUGGAAGGAUUACCCUAGCCUCUUUUUUGUUUCUGAUGAGGAAACCCUUUCUCGUUGGCCUCUUGCAUGCAGGGCUGAAGCAUUGGAAUAUAUGAAGAGCUCUGAAAAUGUCAUAAGGAAUCUAGUUAAGAUCCUAAUGAAGGGAUUAAACAUCCAUGAUAUUGAUGAGAAAAAAGAAUCCCUAUUAAUGGGUACAAAAAGAAUCAAUCUAAACUAUUAUCCAAAAUGCCCUAAUCCCGAGUUAACAGUUGGAGUAGGGCGACAUUCGGAUGUAUCAACCCUAACCGUACUUCUCCAAGACGAUGUAGGCGGGCUAUAUGUUCGAGGGUUAGACGCCGGGGCCGAGAGUUGGAUCCAUGUACCUCCUAUCAAAGGAGCUCUCGUAAUCAAUAUAGGGGAUGCACUUCAAAUACUUAGCAAUGGUAAGUAUAAGAGUGUGGAACAUCGUGUGACUGCAAAUGGACGAAACAAUAGAGUUUCGAUACCAAUAUUUGUGAAUCCAAGGCCAAAUGAUAUAAUUGCACCACUUCAAGAAAUGAUGGAUGGAGGAGAGAAGCCAAAAUAUAGAGAGGUUCUUUACUCAGAUUAUGUCAAGUACUUCUUUAAAAAGGCUCAUGAUGGUAAAGCCACCAUCGAAUUUGCUAAGAUUUCCAAUUAAUUAACUACGUAGUAUAAACCUAAAAUAAGUGAUCGAUUGUGCGGUUCACAACUUAAGAACAUUACUACCCGUGCAACACACAAAUAAUUAAUUAAAAAAAUAAAAAAAUCGAAAAAUAAGAAUUAAAACAAAAUAAAUCGAAAAAAUAAGAAUAAAAAUAAUUUUACGCCUUAAUUUGUGCGCAGUACUACCCGUGCAACACACAAAUUCAUAUUACAAAUAUACGUUACUAUUUACAUUAUUAGUUUCUCUGUUUUUUUUAAUGUCGUAAAGGAUGUUAUUGUAUACUCUG